AUGUCUGAGGAGCUACCGAAGAGGCUUUUUAAGGAGGGCGAGGAGCCCCGAGUUACUCAGAUCAACAACAACUGCAGGAUCGACUACAUAAUCCGAAAGUUCCAAGCGUGGCUGCCAAAGGAGUUGGAUGUCGUGAAGAAAGACCCGGUUUUUCAUCAGAUUUUUAAGCUCCAUGAGAAUGGUCUUGGAUACUCUGCCAGGGUGAUACACAGCUUCUUGUGUAGGGAGCUGGUGACUUUCUUACAGCACGAGCUAUGGUUUGUCUUUGCGAGGAGACCGCUUCGAUUCUCAUUGCAAGAGUUCCACGCUGUUUUGAGGAGAAAAGAUGGAACAAUUACACUCUUCAACCUGUGGACUAAGGACAAGGAAGCUGUAAAGAAGUGGAGGAAUGCAGAUCGCAUACGUCUUGUCUACUUGGCGAUCAUUCUUUGUGUGGUAUUGGCGAGAGAUGAGAAGGCUAAUAUCCCCCUGAAGUACAUCGCGGUGGUCAUGGAUCUUGACAGAGUUCGAAGGUAUCCUUGGGGAGUUGCUGCUUAUGACCUUCUCUGCAAAUCAAUAGCCAAAAAUCGUUCCCAACUGAAGGAAAAGACCACUAGCUAUGUCUUGGAUGGCUUCUCAUACGCCUUGCAGAUUUGGGCAAUGGAAGCGGUACCAAAAAUUGGGAAGCUUUGUGGAAAAAAGCUGGAUAAGGGUUUCAAGGACGGUCCUAGAUGCAUAAACUGGAUGGGAGCUGCGAAGGUGUCAUAUGAGGAGAUCAUUCGCUUGGAGGAGAUUAUUACACCCAAGGAUGACAUCUACCCAUACAUCUCAUGGACAGGAAAUUAUGAUGUUGUCAAAGCUCAGGCGUUUCGCAGAGAUGAUGAUGUGGAGGAUGAUAGAAUCAAUGUUCUGAUGGAGAUGAUAAAGAAGGGGCAUGAUUUUAGUGAGCAUGUUUGGGAAACUGAAGAAAAUGAAGUGAUUUCUUUAUCUCUCGAUGACGAAUCAGCUGUGAAUGAUGAAGCAAGCGUGAAUGUUGAAGCAGCCGAGAGUGAUGACGACUUUCAGACUCCGAAAGGAUCAAAAAACGUUGGUUCUAGAUCAAAGAGGGGUAAAAAGAGGCUUCCCGAUCGUGGUAUGGAGAAGAGAAAGCAUAAGGUUCUCGCAAGUGGUGCAAAGCAAGCUCCUUUUAAUGAAGACAUGAAGGCUUUUAUGACACAGUUGUUUGAGCACAACUUCUCUGGAAUGGAACAAAGGAUACAGAAACAGAUGGCCGAGACAUUUGAGCAGAUGCGGACAGAGCUUAAACAAUCACGUAAGGAAGCCAGCGUUGAAGUUGAGCUUGGAGAGCCUUCACCGACAAAGCCAUCGACGAGCCAGGCACCGUUGAGGAGGUCCACACGCGGGGUAAACAAACACUAGUCUUCACCAUCCUCUUCAAUGUUAUUUUGUCUUGUUUAAGUUCGUGGUUUGCGUGUCUGUUUGUUUUAUUGGCAUCUAAGUUAUCGGCCUGAAUUUUGUUGUACUUUAUAAGGUCUCGGUUUGUAUGUGUGCUUGGUGUGUAAGUGUCCUUGGUUUGUAAGUGUCUUGUUUGAACUUAUGUAAUGGUCUGGAACUUUUAUGUAAAAUAAUUAUGUAAUGAUAAUGUAUUUUGGUGUCUCAAUUAUUGCUUAUUUGUCGUGACAUAACAGGAUGGUUCCGAGACUACAUUCGAUGUGAAUUAUAGUGAAGCAGAUGAUAUGGGUCGCGGGAUAGGUACGCAAGGGGUUGAAGGGCUUUCUCAGACGUCGUAUGUGCCAGGCUUUGAUCCAUCUCAGGACAAAAAAGAAGAAGACUGGUGGACUCCAAUGACUUCGGUCCGAGGUUCAGUGGAUAAUCCAGUAAAGAAAGAAAAGACAGAGAUGAAUACAGCUCCACCGCCGUCACAGUGGGAGAAAUGGUGCAAAAGAAAAGGUCAUGGACUUCAGCUUAGCGAUUCACCAUUGCCAGAAGAUGCUUCUCCGCAGGCGUCACUUUAUUAUAUCUCCGAAGAGUCAUGGAAAGGAUUCACGGAAUGGGCAUUAAAGCCUAUACCUUUAACAAUUGGUCCUACAUGCUUUAAUUUGUCUGUAGCUACAAGAGUAGUAAGUGCUGGAAAAUGGCUUGGAAACGAGGUAAUGAAUCUUGUACUAACCUUUAGUGAAUUUAUCUUCCUAAUACUUCUUAUAUGCUAUAUUACUUAACUUUCAUUGUAAAUUUUUAGGAGAUGGAUGCGGUUAUGUUUAUAUGGCGUGUGAACACUACAUUGAAUCGUUGGGCCCCUCGCCGUGUUGCUUUCAUGAGUGCUAUGUUUUGCCUCCAAGUAGACGCUGCAUACAAGAAGUUUUUACCAAACAAAAAAGCCUAUCAAUUGCCUGAUUUCCUUCUUGGGUACGGCAGAGGAGAGCUUCCAUCUCAUGGGCAGACUGAUCUAGUUUGGGGUGUUGAUGUUGAUCGACUCUACUUUCCUCUGUUUGUAAAUGGUAACCAUUCAGUUCUUUUUACAUCCUAGUAUACAUUUCUUCGUUUACAUAUUUUUGUGGACUCGAACGCAGGUAAUCACUGGGUUGGUGUCUGUGUAAACAUCAUUGAAAGAAAAGUGGAAGUCUUUGAUUGCGGACGGGGAAAGAACAGACAGUACGUUGAGAAGUUUGCUGCUAUCAUUCCUAGGAUAGUGAAGUCCGUUGCACCACAAGAAAGACAGAAGCAGCUACUCCUCUCAUCAUAUUCUAUCGUGGAUGUGCCUAUGAAGUUGAGAUUGUACAAAAGUUGUUGUGAUUGCGGUGCAUACGC